GCCGCCGCCGCCGCUCUCCCGCCUCCUGCCGGCUGCCGAGCUCUUGCUGCGGCUGCGGUUCUGGCGGCCGAGUCCCCGCCGCGCUGCAGCCCAGCUCCAGCGCGCAGACCGACCGGCGCGUCUGCUUCACUGCCCGCAGCCUUCUAAUCCUCGCCCUGCGCUGCGGCAGGUGCCCCGGGCGUUCUGAGGAGCAGCGGCUUGAGCCGGGCCGCCAUCGAUGACCCUGGCUGCAGACCUCCUCCAGGCUGGCCACCCCGUGUCUUUUUUUAUCUUCUGUGUUGAAUAUUAAAUCAUGGGGAGGAAGCUGGACCUGUCUGGUUUGACUGAUGAUGAAACAGAACAUGUUCUUCAGGUGGUUCAAAGAGACUUCAAUCUUCGCAAAAAAGAAGAAGAACGACUAAGCGAGCUGAAGCAGAAGUUGGAUGAGGAGGGCAGCAAGUGCAGCAUCCUCUCGAAGCACCAGCAGUUCGUGGAGCACUGCUGCAUGCGCUGCUGCUCACCUUUCACCUUCCUGGUCAACACCAAGCGCCAGUGCGGAGACUGCAAGUUCAAUGUCUGCAAGAGCUGCUGCUCUUACGAGAAGCAUGAGAAAGCCUGGGUCUGCUGCGUCUGCCAGCAAGCAAGGCUUCUGAGGACCCAGUCUCUGGAAUGGUUUUAUAAUAAUGUUAAGAGCCGCUUCAAGCGCUUUGGCAGUGCCAAGGUCCUUAAGAACCUGUACAGGAAACACCGGCUGGAGAGUGGAGCAUGCUUCGACAUUCUAGGAGGAAGCUUUUUUGAGUCAAACCUAGAGAAUGAAGGAAGCAUUUCUGGCAGCGAUUCAACAUUUUAUAGACAAUCAGAAGGACAUAGUGUGAUGGACACCUUGGCGGUGGCCCUGCGGGUGGCUGAAGAAGCCAUCGAAGAAGCAAUUUCCAAAGCAGAAGCCUAUGGGGACAGCCUGGACAAGCAGAAUGAGGCCAGUUACCUGCGGGACCACAAGGAGGAGCUAACUGAGGAGCUGGCCACAGCGAUCUUGCAGAAGAUCAUAAGAAAACAGAAGAGCAAAAGCGAGCAGCAAACGGAAGAAGAGCCAGCGUGGCCACAGCCCCAGAGCUGCAGCGUGAAGGCAGCAGAUGAGGGGACCACAGUCCCCCCAGGAGGCUGCAGGGCUUCUGCCACCCUCUGGCGGUCCCAGUCUGCCUUCUCCAUCACUGGGGAAGAUGCCCUGAAGACCUCAUCACUGGGGGCAGUGUCAAGGCCACCAAGGGACCAGGGCCACCACCCAAGGGAGGAGUCUGCUCUGCCCAGCUGGAAGAGCAUGGACAGGCUGGACGAAACAAACCUGGCCCCGGUUUUGCAGAGCCCAGAUGGGAACUGGGUGGCCCUGAAGGAUGGCGCUCCACCCCCGACACGCCUGUUGGCCAAACCCAAGAGUGGGACAUUCCAGGCCCUGGAGGUGACCUCCAAUGUGGUGUCCGCCUAUGACGAGAUGGGCUCUGACAGCGAAGAGGACUUUGACUGGAGUGAGGCCUUGAGCAAGCUAUGCCCACAGUCCCAGGGCCUACCCAGGAACCCCCAGCCUCAGCCCAUGCAGGCCCAGAGCUCUGAGCAAGGCCUCCUAGCUGCCUCCUCCUCCUCUGGGCUCUCUCCCAACCCCGAGGCCAUAUGCUCUGACUCAGAGACCUCCUCAGCUGGCUCUUCCCGGGAGGCUGGGCGCCGAGCUAGACUGUCCUGGUUGCAGAGGAAGGGCCCCAGGACCCCUGCAGCUGAGAAGAUGCGCAUACAGGGGGAGCUGGACGUGAACUUCAACCCCCAGGUGGCCAGCAGGGAGACCUCAGACAGCAGUGAGCCAGAGGAGGCCCUCCACGCUGGAGACCGAAGGGCCAGGAGGUGGAGAAGGGCCCGAGCGGGAUCAGAGGAGCCAAGCAAGGAACCAUCUUCCCCCAGCACUCAUCCCCAGGACCUGGCCACCCAGCAGGUGUCAGGUGAUUUAUCCGAGGCUGACAUCAGCAAGGAGGCUCGCCCCCCCCGGACUCCCACAGACACCACGGAGGAGAAACUGAGAAACAGAUUGUAUGAGUUAGCAAUGAAAAUGAGUGAAAAGGAGACUUCAUCAGGGGAGGAUCAGGAGUCCGAGCCCAAGACAGAAUCUGAGAACCAGAAGGAAAGUCUGUCCUCUGAAGACAACAGCCAGAGUGUUCAGGAAGAGCUGAAGAAGAAGUAUUCUGCUGUUUCUCUCUGCAACAUCUCCACAGAAGUCCUGAAAGUCAUCAACGCCACAGAGGAGUUGAUAGCAGAGUCUACAGGGCCCUGGGAGUCCCCACCAGUCCCUCCUGACAGAAAGAAGGGGACAUUUCCUCUUGGGACCGACCAAGUGCGACUGGAUGAGCAGCUGACCUCCCUGGAAGAAAACGUGUACCUGGCAGCAGGCACUGUGUACGGCCUGGAGAGCCAGCUGACUGAGCUGGAAGAUGCUGCCCGCUGCAUCCACAGUGGCACCGAUGAGACCCAACUGGCAGAUCUGGAGGACCAGGUGGCCACAGCUGCAGCCCAGGUCCACCAUGCUGAAAUCCAGAUUUCUGACAUCGAGAGCCGGAUUUCAGCCCUGACCAUCGCAGGAUUAAACAUAGCACCAUGUGUGCGCCUCACAAGAAAGCGGGAUCAGAAGCAAAGGAACCAGGUACAAACCAUAGACACAUCAAGGCAGCAGAGGAGGAAAUUGCCUGCUCCACCAGUGACAGCUGAAAAAACUGAGACAUCUUCAGUGACCACUGUUAAAACAUUUAACCGCAACUUCAUUCUCCAAGGCUCCUCAACGGACAGACCUAAAGAAAGAAAAAGCACCACCAAGGAUUUGACGGAGCCCGCUCUGGAGUCAGCUGUGAUGUAUUAAUGCCGUGGAACCCCACUACCAGUGACCCACUGCCUCGGCCAUACACGACAGUGCCUUGACCCAACAGCCAUUGACUACUGUAUGGAUUUCCACCUGAGGAGAAGGCCUAGGGAGGCCACAGUGCACCAUCACACAGGGCUGUCCUGAUACCUCACCAGAAAGCUGUCUCAGACUUCAGCAUUGAGGUCUUGCCCAUUCUCGCCUUAGGCUCCCAGGGGAAUCCAAGACAGAAAACCAAGAUGCUGGCUUCCAACAACAGAGCUCCAUGUUCAAAACAUACAUCUUUUCCCUGUUCGCUUUGCUACUGUGUGUUGACUUGAAGAUCUUUGGUUUUCUUAUCCCUUUGAUUCAGCUAGAAGUCCAUGUCAAUAAUUUGUCCAAGGGAAAAUUGUUGGCGGGGGUAGAGAGGUAGGGAUUAUUAUUUAAUUUAUCAUCAGUGCUUAUUAAUGUCUCACAAGCAUCUCUGUCUUACAAAUGCUAAGGGAAAAACCAGCCCCUGCAGUCAGCACGAGGGACAGUCUAAUUUGGGGACUGUUCCCCAUCAAGGCUACAGGUCUCCCUUCAGCCACCUCCUUCCUGCUAAGCCUGAGCUCACCCUGCUACCAGCCAUUCCCAUUGCUUUACAGUCACCAGCCACUGGAUGGAAAGCUCUGACUCACCCAUGCCACUCCUGGGUCUACAUGAAACAAUGUCUCAUUAACAAUUUAGGGUUCUUCCAUGGGCUUCGUGAGUUUGCCUACUCUUAAAGGUAGAGGGACUUGAAAAAGACUACCAUUGGUUCAACUUGAAGGCACUGUCCAGAAUCAAAAUGAUGCAGUUUAGCAAUGACCACAUCUAAAAAAAUGGAUUAUUUAAGAAUAUAACCACAUGAAAACAUUUUUGUCCUCCAAAAUUUAUUUCCCAAUAAAUAUUCAGCAAAGUAGCAAAACGAUCUUAAAAAUAAAAAUGGUUAGGGAAUAGGCUUAGAAAAUUUACAGGCCUAAGAAAAGCAAGGACAAAUCAUGGAUAUGAGUUGAUACUAACGCCACAUUUGUGGUCUAUUUUGACCUGUCUCAAAGGCAUGACAAUUUAGAGUGUGCUUAUAAAAGCAAAUGGAACUGGGAUUUUACUCUUCAGUUGGGCAUUAGCAACCUUUUUAAAAAAAUGUUUUCUCCUAAAUCUAAGGAAGAAAGCAAAAGAUGGGAGGUAAGAGAAUAGUAUGAUUAAUGUGUGUUAAGUGCCUGCUCCGAAGGAGGCAAUGUUCUCAUUCUAAUCCUUAUAGCAACCCUAUUCAGUAGGUAUUCUUGUUUUUUUAGAUUUGAUAACUAAGGGCCAGAGAGAUUAAUUUGCCAAAGCCACAACUUUAAUCUACUUAUGAUUGGAAUGCCUCACAAAAACCUAACUGUGUUGCUUUCAACUUCUAUGUUCUUUUGCUGCUAUGUGUAUUUCCAGACCUGAUUUGCUGCUAAUUCCUGUGCUUAUGAUCCAUUCCUGAUGGGGGUCUGUGUAUCUCCCAGUAAUACUCCUUGCUGAUGCCAUGUAUGUGUUAUCCAACAGAAAUGACUCCUUUGAAAUAAGUCCUUGGCUUUUUAUUCUGUUGGUGUGAUUCAAAGCCAAACAAAUAAAAACAAGUUUUUAAAAAACACAACAACAACAAAAAAAGGUCUGACUUCCAAAUAGAACGUUUUCUUUAAGAGGCAUGAAAAGCAACUAUUGUUGUGUUACAGUGUUAAAAUAUUCAGUUUUCUUUGACAAAAACGUGUACUGUGUAAGCCUUGCAAAAACAAAAAGAAGAAGCCUGCUCUGUGGCAUUUGAAUUUUUAUAAAGGUUUCCUUGUGCCAAAUAAGUGCAAAGAUUUAAUUUACUAUUAAAAACCAUAAGCAUAUGUUAUAGUUCCAGAAGAAUUAUUUUGUCAUCAAGUGAUUUUGAUCUUUAGUGUUAAUAUUUAUAUUUAGAUUAAUUUUUAUAAAUGAAGAUAUUUUAAUGGUUUAAGAAAAUGAGGACCAUAGGACAGUAUCUUUGAUGAUUUCUGAAAGUUAUGCUUCCCUUCAUAUUAUAUGCACAUUGCCAAGAAUUACUGUCAAGAGAAAUGAUAAAGAAGUAAAAGUCAUUUAUGGAAAUAAA